AAACUUUCAUCAGACAUUUUUCCGAUUAGUAAUAAUCUGCUGCGAUUGCGUUACUUUUAUCACCCCGACACGCGUGCAAUUAAUCUUAUCGUCGUUCUUCUCUAUGUUAUUAUAAUUUGAAAAACUGCUGGCACGACGGUAUAUAUUGAGCUGAUUAGUAUGAGCGAAGGAUCGAGUCCAAGUGCACCAAUGGACAGCAUGGACGUACUUGAGCUGAAUUUUCUGACAGUGCAGUUGGGCGAUGAAAGCCUCAACAAAAUUAAAAAUAAUAAUAAUAAUAAACGAAACGACAGUGAAAGGAUAAUCAGCCUGAAUCAAUUGUCACGGCAUGACAGGCAUGACGACUGCUGGAUCGCUGUUUACGAUCGAGUUUAUGAUUGCACAGAGUUCAUCGCUAAACAUCCCGGAGGGCAGGACGUUAUUCUGGAAUAUGCCGGAAGGGACGCGACUCUUGCCUUCGUCGGCUCGGGACAUUCCGCAGAGGCUACAGCCAUUCUUCAGGAUUAUCUCGUGGGUCAACUGCCGCCGAAUGAGAGAUUGUUUGUCGUGCCUGCUAAUGACAUUGAAAUUGUCAGAAAAGACUCCAUGUGAACCACAUCUGUGUAGCUGUGAAUAUGAUGAAAAGUAUUUCAAUUUAAUCUAUAAUUUUCUUAUGUGACAUAUUAUAUUUCAUAUUACAUAAUUCAUCGAUAAGUAUUGAAUAAAUUAUUUUCUCAUUUUUUA